AUUGGAUUGAGCUACUACUACGCUGGGAUUGCCAUGCAAGGCGCAUGCUGUACAACGAGCUCGACAGGAACGCUCCUUGAUGCUGUUGCCUUCCCACCGAUUCCUCCUUUCUCUGAUUCUGCCGAUCAGGAUCUAUUUACUGCCAUGUUCCGGUUUUUCUGCACCGCUCGCCGGGCCCUCACUUUGGGUCAACUCCAAGAAGCAACGAGAAUGACAAAGAAGGUAGGAGCAAUGGCAUACUCCAGUGAUGCGUCGGAGCGCGUUCGUUUCUUCAUCACCCAGGGGCUGCCAGCGGAUCUGGCGGAGAGCCUCGGAAAGAAGCGCCGAAGCCAGGACGUGGUAGUGUGGUUUCUGCGGGAGAAACUUGCCCAGGAGAAGGUGCUGUCAGAUCACCAUCAGGAACUUUCGGCGGUGAGGCAGGCCGCAAUGGAGUAUCUCGAGGAGCUGGCAACGGCUAAAGAGCAGCGGGCGGAGCUGCGGGGGCAGCUGAAACUCACGCGGAUGGAGUUUCUCCGGACGCGGGGGAAACUAAAUUCCAGGGGCCUGCUGGAACACAUCAGCGACGAUCUUUACGAGGCCCUCCCAGCCCCCCCCCCACUACCUCCGGAAGGGUCACCCGGAGGGACAGAUUCGCCGCAGUCCUUGGACGUCGUCGGUGGAGGACGGUUUGGAGGAGGAUUUGGGAAAAGGACAUUGAGGCGGAUUGUUGCAGAGGACCUCCCGAAGACGGUGCAACGCAAGUUCGCGGGAGAGACGCUGGGGCCCAACGCAGCAGGGGGCCGCCACGAUGGGGCCGAUGAGCAGUUGGAGGAGGUGCGGAAUCUGGACGACCGCGCCGGCGCUGCGGACACCGUGGUGCCCGGGAGCACGGGGGGGGUGUCACUCGAGACGCAGCUUCAGCAUUCGACAGGCCGCCACGAGGAGGGGACGGAGACCAAUGCCAAUGACGCGCGCGCGCUCAAUGGGGAGAACGAGCGCAUCAAGAACCUGCCGGGAAACGGGGAGCGGGAAUGA